AUAUAUAUAUAUAUAUAUAUAUAUAUAAUGCCUAGUCACUUUACCCUUCCUUCAUGUACAAAUCUACUUCAAAAACCUCAUAGCUUUGCAUAUUGAUCUUGUUCUGGUAGUUCCUGUUCCAUUCCAUUCUUGUGUAUGAUAUUUUAUUCCUCUUGUGUUACUAUUUAAUUUGUAUUAUUAUUUGUCAAAUCUACUCUGCAGCAUCAUUGGGAAGGGCUCGUAAGAAAGAAUUACAGGGUUAAGUCUACUCCAGUUGUAUUCAGCGCAUGUGACAAAAAAAAUGGAUUAUAUUUAAGAUAUGUUAUGUUUUGGUGUGUGAUUCUUUCAUUCAACACAUAUUAAAGACUCUCUUGCAGUAGCAAGACAUUCAUGUGUUGUAGUACCACCACAGUUUUAGACUAGAGAAUCUGCUUGUUUAGAUGCUUUGGGAUGGAUGAUGGAUCCUCUCCAAAUGCAUCUUAUCCAAAAUCCUCGUUCCAUCUGCCAGCUUGCUCACAAAUGGUCCACACAGCAGGAUCAUGGCACACAGCUACACUGCAUCUACAGUUCUGUGUGUUGAGUGUGUACAGUAUGUGUUGCGUAGCAUGCAGGGUAAGCUAUUCUGUCCACUCUGCUCUGCACCAAGCACAGCUCACUGCCCAAGUCCUGUCCCAAUUGUCUUGCUAAGGCAGCCUCUGAGUAAGAUUUAUAAUACUUAUAACAUUAAUACAUUGUAGCUUGGUGUGAUGUAAUCAAAUCAUUGUUUUAAUAAGAGCAGUAGGUCUACAUGAUUGGAUAAUAGUAAUUUGCUCAAACGAGUGCUUUGAGGGUAAUUUAUAUAAUUUUGCAUUACAGACUGAAACAAAGAUGGCAGACAGUAAUUGUAAUUACACGUUUAUAGUAUUUUGUUGUGAGACGUGGCGUGACAUGACUGUGCAGGUUCCCUGCAGGGAUGUCUUUGAGCUGCCAGCCAAGCUUCAGCUGAACAUAAAUCAGGGAAAAGGGUUUUCGCUGAUGAGAAUCAGCUCUAUUGGCUGAAAUUGUCUUGUUCAUAGUGCUUUAAUCCUCACCUCACCUUUAAUCCUCAACCAGUUAAACUAAUGAGGGCAAUGGAAUAUCCUUGUUGCAUAAUUCAACAUUUGGGUAUUGAUCAAUAACCAAUUUUGAGAGAUUGGAACUAUAAGGUUCUAUCUGCAAAAAGAUAAUUCUGAGAUAAUUGGCUAUAACGUUCCAAACCCUCAUUGGUUUGAAUGGUGUCAGCAACUUAAAAACACACUGGAUAAAGAAAUUAGCCCUAAUUGAGGUCAGUAUCAUUGACAUCAGGUUAGGCCAGUUAGGUCCUUAUUAAAAGUGGUUAGAUUAAAUCUACUAUGCGGCAUACAAAUAUGUUGUUUUUGAGGGGUUGCCCUUUACGUUGUUUAAUUACGUUGUUUGAGGAGUCGUCCUUUACGUUGUUUAAUUACGUUGUUUAAGGAGUCUGUCUUAACGUUGUUUAUUUACGUUGUUUGAGGAGUCGCCCUUUACGUUGCGUAAUUACGUUGCUUGAUAAGUCGCCCUUUACGUUGUUUAAUUGUGUUGUUUGAGGAGUCACCCUUUACGUUGUUUCAUAGGCUUACCUUACCUGGUAAGUGAAACUGCAAUUUGAAAUAAUUCAGUAUGUCACAAUAUAAUUAAUUUCAAUCUUGGCAUAUUAAACAAUGCUUCUAUAACACUUUAUUCUCUGUCCUUAGAUGUGGAAUAUUGCUGCAUUGGUGUUAGUUGUGGCAGGGUCUGCUCUGAUCAGUCAACCUGCUGUAUGACCAAUGGAGGAUAUGCCUGCUGUCCCUUCCCUGAAUGAGUACGAAACAAAUUUGACACCACUAGUAUAAAUGUAGUUCUUCAAUGGUGAAACCAACUUUUUGUUCAAAACGAAGACCCUCAUCAGACCUCACUGAGAGAUAUUAGAGAUUCAUUACAUAUGAAUUACAAGGUAUUCACAGAUCACCUCAUAACUUUUAUUUUCACUAUGUUUGUUUUCCUAGGCAGUGUGUUUGUAAGUAGUGUUGCUCUAACAUAACCCACUGUUGCCUGUCCGGAUACAGCUGCAACACCACGGAACAGAUGUGUGCGAAAUAUUACCAACCAUAGAGCAGUGUGCCCAUGCUGAACAAGGUGGCUGCAGAGGAACCACGCUCUCCUGUCUCUCCCCCACUUGAGUCUGAUAUCAUCCCAGAGCAAUGCUGCAGCAAUUCUGCAGCAGUGGAGAGCUCAGUCUCUAUGGUGCACUGUGAUUGCUCAAAUAUCUGCCCUGCUGCCGUCACCCCGAGGACGGGUGGAGCUGCUGUCCAUUUUCCUCUAGCGUGUGCUGUCUGGAUGGUGUCCACUGCUUUCCUUGUGGUUAUAAGUGUGACCGCAUACACACUGAAGACUGAUGGCCUGAGCAGGUCCCAUGGACACUACUUGGUUGCUGUUGACAGCACCCAACAUGGCUGGGUUAUUCACUUCCACAGGAAAUCAACUGACCUCCAGCUACAGUAACCCGUUGUGGCAAGGGAAACACUGGAAAAUACUGUUGUCUACAGCUAUCUAAGCCAAACUAACAAGAUUUUAUUUUUAAUUACAUUUUGCCUAACUACUGAGAUUGGGAUUGUACACUUUUUGUGAAUGCAUUAUAUGUACAUGAAUGGGGAAUCAUGACACCCACUCAUUGUUGAUUUCAUAAAACAGACAGGUCAAUAAAAUAAAUGAUAAUUGUGUCUAUCUACUGGCUACAUUCAUUAAGGAUGUGGGUUGGGGUUGUAGGGUAACAUGGUAUCAACAUCUUGUACUGUUUUUUCUACCCCUGAUAACUAGCCAGUACUUCUACCACCAAUUUCAAAUGUUUUAUGGAAAUAUAAAUUAAUUAUGCACAUGGAAGCAAACUCUUUUUGGCUGCUGACUCCUGGGGAACAGAGAAACAGGAGGGACAUCUGCUGUUGGCUACUGCAUAAAUGUUAGUCACCCCUAAUAAUUAUGAUUUGUUUGGCUUUAUGUUGAAGUAAAACAAUUAUGCAUAAUUCUGGUUCUGGAAAUAAUCAAAUAAUAGGUCAACAUUCAUGCACUCAGUAUAUGGAUGUAUUACGCGCAUUGCAACUAAAUGACCAGAUUGUCCCUGCUUGACUGUCCUGAUGCAACAAACUAUUAAUUAUGCCUAAACUCUGCCUACUUCUACAAUUUAUAUGCUUAAAAUUCAAUGUGAAACCUAACCAUAACGACACUGCUAAACGUAUGCCAAACACUAGACAUAAUUGUUUUUUCAUACAUUUUUACGAUAUAGACAAUUUUGCCCUUGUGGCUGUGGAUUCUAGUGGAUACCACUUCCCACCCGGGGCGUUUCUCCCACGUGCAAGUGUGCUUGUUUGUAACCACGGCAACGUCGGUCGAGCAAAGGCAAAACAAGGUAAGCUAGCUAGCUAACAUGUGCCUUCGUUAUCAGAUAAAUAUAGAAUUUGCAGCAUUUGGGUAGCUAUGCAUUGCAGCGUUAGCUAAAGUUAGCUAUCCUGCUAUGUCAAGUAACUUAGCUAGCUAAAGUUAGCUAACGUUAGCUGGCUGAUAAGUUACUAAUUUAGUUAGGCUAACUAACCUUAGCUUUCAUGUUUGGAAUGGCUGAUAAUGCCAGCAUUAGUUCAAGGUAGCUAGAUAGAUAGGGCCCAACAAGUUACAGAAUCCCUGCUCAAAAGUGUUUGUGAUAUAUUUAAAUUAAUGUGGCAGUAAUACUAUAUUUGACUAUGGUUUAUUUGCAAACUCUAACAUUGCAUUUUGAGAAUUCUCUCUGGUUAAACUCUGUUCUUAUAUUGAACAGGUAAUUCCCCCAAAAAUUCCCAAGCAUGACUGCAACAAUGUCCAAGUCUCCUGGGGCUGGCAUGUAUCCCCCAGUAGCAAAACUCAACUUGGCUGCAGACCCCAGGAAGAUGCGCAGGAUCAUUGCAGAAGAUCCAGAGUGGUCCCUCACUGUAGUGCCCCUUUUAUCCAACCUCUGCCUGCAACACAUAGUGAGAAACUUUGAGGAGAAGCCCAUCCUCGAAGAACUUCUUCCCAGGCACAAAGACUAUGUCCUGGAGAGGCUCUCUCCGUCCCUGCCCCUGCAGGUGACUGCCAACCUGAUCAGUGACGACGGCUACUGGAAGCGCUGCUGCAAACAGCGCUGGGGCCUGUGUGACGUCUCCUCAUACGGCCACAGCUGGAAGCGCAUGUUCUUUGAGAGGCACCUGGAGAACAUCAUCGAGCUCUACAUUCCUGAUGCCACUGACCCCAAGACGGUGCUGGGCAUGGUGCCUCUGUGCCGGAACUACGUGAAGAGGCUGGACAUCUCACAGCUGAUGCCGCCAAUCAAGGAACCCCAGAAGUCAGAGGACGAUGACAACUCGGACUCGGCCAGCGACAUGGGCAUGGAUGGGCCAUCCAUGGACCACUUUGACUUUGGCAUCCUGCUGGACAAGCUGAACCAUCUGGAGGAGUUUCACGUGGUCUACCGGGUCAAGGGAUGCGGCAUGAACUUUGAGUGGAACCUCUUUGAGUUCACCUUCCGCGACUGCGAGUCUCUGGCCAAGGCCUUGAAGUCCUGUAAGACCUUGAAGGUGCUGAGGAUCCACCAAAGCAAAGUGGAUGACGAGAAGUGUCGUCAGCUUGUGAACAACCUCCUAGACCACCCGUCCCUCAGGGAGCUCAACCUCUCCCACAACCUCAUCGGGGACCGGGGCGCCCGGGCCAUCGGCAAGCUGCUCAACAGGAGUAAGCUGGAGAGACUCACUGUCUACGACAACAACAUUCGGGGGCCGGGGGCCCAGGCUAUAGCUUAUGCCCUGGCCAAGAACUCCAGCCUGCUGUCCCUCAACCUGCGUCUGAACCGGCUGGGGGACGAAGGUGGCCAGGCCAUCGCCCAGGCCCUGCUGAAGAACCGCACCCUGAAAUGGCUGCACCUGGGAGGCAAUGAAAUGACAGAGCCCACAGCCACGGUCCUAUCCCAAGUCCUGGUCCAGAAUAAUACGCUGAGGAGCAUCAACCUGUCCUGUAACAGGCUGGGUAUGGAUGGUGGUAAAGUGUUGGAGGAGGGCAUGUGUCACAACAGCAGCAUGGUGGAGUGUGAUAUCCGCCUGACAGAGGUGGGCCAGGAGAGCGACUACUGCAUCAGCCAGGUGGUACGCAACAAUCAGAACCAAGCACACAGGAAACACAACACAGAAGAGAACCUAGCCCAAACCUCAGAGCAUUAUUAAAUACAAGGAAGAAGAAUCAUCACUGAAUUAUCACAGGGAAUUAUUGUAAUGUUUGUUUAUGUGUCAAUUAAUCCCAUUGGGGGAUGGGUUGCCAGCUGGCGAUUUGACAUGAAAAUACAUUUUCAUUCAUUCAUAUAAACAUACAGCCCAUUUGUGUUCACCAAAGUGCCACUUUGUCAUAUAUUCUAGACAGAAUGCCUACUAUUUGUUUCAUAUCUGCAAAGUUGUUAAAUGUAGUGAUGUCUGUAAUGUGUUACCACUGAAAUCAGAAUUUAGCUAAAUAGGCUACAUCACUGUACCUUUGGCCCAUGGAAAAUAACCCCAGUUUAUUAGGAUGUAAUAAAUGGGCUUGGUCCGAAGGUCAGGGAUGAAAACUGACGUAGGUGUUAUUCUGGGAUGACUUCAGGUUGUUGAGAUCCACCACUGAGCUAUGGGGCACCUUCACUGUAUGUAGGCUACUCAUUGUUUGUAUUCACUGUUUAGUAAAUGUACAAAGUGGAGUUAUAUAUUUAAGGAAUAAGGCCCAAGGGGGUGUGGUAUAUGGCCAAUAUACCACAGCUAAGGGCUGUUCUUGGGUACGACGCAACGCGCAGUGCCUGGAUACAGCCUUUAGCUGUGGUAUAUUGGCCAUGUACCACAAACCCCCAAGGUGCCUUAUUGCUAUUAUAAAUGGGUUACCAACAUAAUUAGAGCUGUAAAAAUAAAUGUUUUGUCAUACCCGUGGUAUACCACGGCUGUCAGCCAAUUAGCAUUCAGGGCUUGAACCACCUAGUUUAUAAUAGCAUAUAAAUUAGGUUGGGAAGUUGGAUAUACUGGUAAAUAUAGGCUUUAUAUUCUUCUACCACAUGGGUUUCAUUGUGUACAUGUUAUAUGUCGUAUGUAAAAAGACACAUGUUUCAACAAUUUCACAAGCUGUUUUAUUGAGUUAGCCUUUUUUCACUUUUGAUACACAGAUUUGGUUUGCGGUCAUUGUAACUGUAUUAUGCAACAUCAAGGCAACAUUGUGAUAGUGUCAAUAUGCAGUUGAAGUCAGAAGUUUACAUACACUUAGGUUGGAGUCAUUAAAACUUGUUUCUCUUCCACUCCACUUGUUAAUUAACAAACUAUAGUUUUGGCAGGUCGGUUUGGACAUCUAC